AAGAAUAGUAGGUUGAUUCGUAUGAGCUGAACAAGAAAAUGAAAAUAAUUACAUAGAUAUUACUCAAUUUUGACACAUUUUAAUAACAAUACCAUUAAAUUAAAUGGAUAUCAAUCUGAUCAAACAAGAACCAGUAGAAUUGGAUUAUGAAGACUUACCUGAUAUAGUAGAUAUUGAAAAUCUUCCAGAAGAGAAAGAUGCUGGUAUUGCCACCGAACAUAAACAGAGACGUAUUGCUAAUGAAAGUCCCAAUGGAAAAUUGGAAAAACCAUCAAAUCAUUCUCCUCUAGAAAUUACUUGCACAAUAUGCCAUGAAAAAUGUAGAUUUGAAUUAUUCAAAAUUCAUGGAAUGCUCCAUCAAAAAAGUAAUUUCUGUUUUGUUUGCAAGAGGGCAAUUAGUAAAGAUUUCACUGGUCACCUGAAAAGACUCCAUCUAGAAAAUGAGUGUUCUGUUUGUAAUAAAGUGUUCCAAUCACAUAAGACACUGAAAAGGCAUAAGAGCCUUCAUAUUAAUCAAGAUUUCCCAUGUGAUCAUUGUGAUAAAUCUUUCAGAUCAGAAGGAAGCUUGAAAGUCCAUGUCCAGUACACCCAUUUAGGAGUCAAGUCAUUUGUCUGUGAGAUAUGCCAGAGUCCCUUCAUCAAUUCUUCUAGCUUGAAGAGGCAUCUUAAAAGAAUACAUUCAACUGAAAGGAAACAUGAAGUUUAUGAAUGCACCAUAUGCUUUGAAACUCUACCUAAUAUUAGGUCAAAGCAAUUACAUGAGCUGGCACAUGUAUCUAAAAAAGCAUGUGAUGAAUGUGGAAAAACAUUUUCAUCUCAUGAAGUUACACGCAACCAUUUGAAAAGCAGGCAUUACAACACAGAAAAAUGUCCUCACUGCAGUAGAAUACUUCACAAGACUUUGCUGGAGUCUCAUAUAAAGAAUUUGCAUCAACCAAACCCAGGACAAAAAAAUGAAGACAAAUUUGUGUGUUCCAUUUGUUGCAAAGAGUUAUCUUCAGCAGAUAGUCUUAGAAAACAUAGAUAUCAACAUGAAAUCAAUAGGCAGGUUUAUAGUUGCAGUCAGUGUUAUAAAACAUAUACUAGAAAAUUUACUUUGAGAGCCCAUAUUAUGAGAGUCCAUUUGGGAUUGGUAAUAAAUGCAGAGACAGUUGCCAAGAGAAAUAGAAAGGCAAAUAUAGAGAUGAAUGUCUUUGUAUGUGAGAUAUGCGAAAUCUCUUUUCCACACGCUUAUCUGGUUGAAAAGCACAAGAAAAAUGUGCAUCCUGAUCCACCAACGAAGGAUGGAAAUUAUGAGUGCAACAUAUGUUUUGAGUCUCUCCCUGACGCUCAAGAAAAAAUAUUACACGAGCUAGCACAUGUUUCGUCGAUGACAUGUGCCAUAUGCAGUGAAACUUUCACCACAGUCGAUGCUAUACGCAAGCAUUUGAAGAGUGAACACUACAACACAGAGAAAUGCUCCCAUUGUGAUGAAAUUCUCCACAAGACAAUGCUUGAUUCGCACAAUUGGCGAGAGCACGGAUUUGUAGAGUGCAAGAUUUGUCAUUUAACUUUCAAACACCAUGGACUGUUGGCUCGACACAAAUGGGUACAUGAAGAUUUAGAGCAAUGUGAGCUCUGUGGAUGUACUCUGAACAUUCUAAAUAAAGAAAGGCAUAUGAAGUUGCAUCUUCAAGGGCGAGUCCACCGCUGUAACAUAUGCAGGGCAAUAGUUUCGAAUCUUGAAAAACAUAUUGUCAGAGUCCAUAGGAACACAGAGUAUUCUUUUUGUUCUCGUUGUCCGGAGAAAUUUCUCAAUUAUGCUGAUAGAUUUUUACACUACCGUAAAGCACAUUCGGCAAAUACCAGGAGGACUUGUAUAUUUUGCAAGCUGAAAUUCAAGACUUUGGAUGAAUUGAAAAAGCACCAAGCUGCUGAACAUAAAUUACCAAAAGGCAGGCACAAGAAAUCCAUGAAAUUGAAAUUUUCCCACCUCGGUUCCACCUACAAAUACAAGUGUGAUCACUGCGGAAUCAAGUUCAGAGUGGAAAAUACUCUGCGAAAACACAAGUGCCAUUCUGGACAGUAUUACUGCCAUUUGUGUGAUGUUAGGUAUGCCAACAAGGCAUAUGUGAAACACCACAUGAUUACCUAUCAUUCUCCAAGGAUAAAUCGAGAUGAAAAAUCGGAGGAGAAGUUGGAAAAGGACAGGCUGAGGCAAAUCAGUGUAAUGAGAAAAAAAUCUAUUAGUCUCAGAAAAGCAUCUGCAAGUAAAUCACCUUCAAAAAGAUUACAUUGUCAGGAAUGUGGAUUUUCCAGCUUUGGCAAGCGCGAAAUGAGGGUCCAUGUUAUUAGGAAACAUAUAAUGGUCAAAGAUUCUGUAGAAGAGGGUAGUGAUAAGGUUGAUGUUAAAUUAGAAACGGGGGCAGCUAUUUAUUUAAAAACUGAGGUGAAAGAUGAGGUCCUUGAUGACUAGAAGCAAUCAUUAAAAUAAAUCCACCCACUAGU